UUCGAAAACUUGCACGGUGGGCGACGCGGUGGAGGAGAAAGACAACGCAGCGAACAAAACACACAAUGGCGACGGCGGCGACAACGGCAGGCGGAACGGGUUCGGGCGGACCGGCCACCGGCCCGGUCGGCGGUGGAACCGUAGUGGGACGAAAGAAGGACGGCGGACCGUCCACGAAAUUCUGGGAGAGUUCAGAGACGAUAUCUCAACUGGAGACGGUGCGGCUGUGGGUCGGAAAGCACUACAAGAAGUAUGUCCAGAACGACUCCCCUUCCAGUAAAUCCUUGGCGGGCCUCGUGGUCCAGCUGCUGCAGUUCCAGGAGGACGCUUUUGGACGCAGGGUCAACAAUCCUGCUCUCACCAAGCUGCCUGCCAAGUGUUUCCUGGAUUUCAAAGCUGGGGGCGCUCUCUGUCACAUCCUGGGGUCGGUCUACAAGUUUAAGAGCGAGCAGGGCUGGCGUCGGUUCGACCUGCAAAACCCCUCCCGGAUGGACAGGAACGUGGAGAUGUUCUUAAAUGUAGAGAAGAACUUGGUCCAGAACAACUGCCUGACUCGACCCACUGUCUUCCUGUCACCGGACAUUGAGCAGAAACAAGCCAGUAAGCUCAAAGACACCAUCAAAAGGCACCAGGGCUCCAUCACUGAGGAUAAAUCUAAGGCCACCCACCAUAUUUAUCCUUCUCCAUCUCAACAAGAAGAAGAGGAGUGGCUGCGUCCUGUCAUGAGGAAAGACAAACAGGUGUUGGUGCACUGGGGUCUCUACCCGGACAGCUAUGAUACCUGGGUAUCAGUCAGCGAGGUGGAUGGUGACGUGGAGGAGCCGCCCAGCACUGACAGGCCGUGGAAGGUCCAUGCUAAGUGGGUUUUAGACACUGAUGCCUUCAACGAGUGGAUGAAUGAAGAAGACUACGAGGUGGACGAGAACAAGAAACCAGUCUGCUUCCGCCAGAGGAUCUUCCCCAAGGAGGAGGAGUCUUCCCGUACACCCGAUCGCAAGGAGCGCAAGGCCAACUCCGCCGGCAAGAAGAGGAGACGCUCGCCCUCACCGCCCAGCACUCCCGCCGAGUCCCGCAAGAAGGGAGGAAAGAAGGGGAACCCGGGGCCUCACUGGAAACGACGGGGCCACAGAGGCGAAGAGGAGGACACGGAGGAGGACAUGACUAAGGACAUGGACGACUCCUCGGCCGGCGCCAGUAUGGAGGAGGGCAGCAUGUCCAAGAAUGCAAAUUCAAAGAAAGACAGUGAGAAUACUCCAGUGAAAGGAGGGAAUGUGGCUGACUUGGAUGACAUGGAGGAUGACUCUGUGCUGUCUGGUGGAAAGGACGACGAGGAUCAGGGCAAAGCUGAAAUAAACAGACUGAUAGACGCGAGCGAGGACAACGUGACCGAACAGACGCACCACAUCAUCAUCCCCAGCUACGGCGCUUGGUUUGACUACAACUGCAUUCAUGAGAUUGAGAGAAGAGCCCUGCCUGAGUUCUUCAACGGAAAGAACAAGUCCAAAACUCCAGAGAUAUACCUGGCUUACCGUAACUUCAUGAUUGACACGUAUCGGCUAAACCCUCAAGAGUACCUCACCUCCACCUCCUGCCGCAGGAACUUGACCGGGGACGUCUGCGCCAUCAUGAGGGUUCAUGCGUUCUUGGAGCAGUGGGGUUUGGUGAACUAUCAGGUUGAUUCAGACAGUCGCCCGUUGCCGAUGGGUCCUCCGCCCACACCCCACUUCACCGUGCUGGCCGACACACCCUCGGGCCUCAUGCCCCUGAACCACAGACCUCCUCCGGUAAGGAUGACUAAAAUUCCACCUCCGCAGCAGAUGCCCAACUUCCCAGACAAAGGCAAAGACAAACCCAUCGACCUGCAAAACUUCGGCCUUCGGACCGACCUCUACAACAAGAAAAAGGGUAAAGGGGUGAACUCCACCAGGGAAUGGACCGAGCAGGAGACUCUACUGCUGCUGGAGGCCCUCGAGAUGUUCAAAGACGACUGGAACAAAGUGUCGGAGCACGUCGGUUCACGCACCCAAGACGAGUGUAUCCUGCACUUCCUGCGGCUGCCCAUCGAGGAUCCGUACCUGGAGAGCACCGAGGCCUCCCUGGGCCCUCUCGCCUACCAGCCCAUACCCUUCAGCCAGUCUGGAAACCCCGUCAUGAGUACUGUUGCCUUCCUUGCCUCUGUGGUUGAUCCCAGAGUGGCCUCUGCUGCCGCCAGGGCAGCUCUAGAGGAGUUCUCCCGUGUGCGUGAGGAGGUGCCCGCUGAACUGGUGGAGGCCCACGUGAAAAAGGUGCAGGAGGCGGCCAGGAGCACGGGCAAGGUGGACCCCGCCUUCGGCCUGGAGAGCAGCGGCAUCGCUGGCACCGCCCCAGAUGAGCCAGAAAAGACGGAAACCACAGAAGCAGAAAAGACUGACACGGACACAGACUCCCAGCAGGGUGAUAAGGCGGAGUUGAAGGACGAGGCUGAGAAGCCCAGCGAGUCUGCGGAGAAGAGCGACAAGACAGAAACCACGGAGAAGGUGAAGAAGGAGGGAGCGGAGACGUCGGAGCGCGAGGAGGAGAGCGAAGAGGGAGGCGAGGCGAAGACCGCUCCAGCAGACAAGGACAAGGAGGAGGCUAUGGAGACGUCGUCCUCGGAGCAGGAGAAAGAUAAAGAGGAGAAGGCAGCUACGGAGGAGGGAGAGGACAAGAGGAAGAAGCUGGAGCACGACAUCGGAGAGGGAAACAUCGCAACCGCGGCCGCCGCUGCCCUGGCGUCUGCUGCCACAAAGGCCAAGCACUUGGCAGCGGUGGAGGAGAGGAAGAUCAAGUCCCUGGUUGCUCUGCUGGUGGAGACCCAGAUGAAGAAGCUAGAGAUCAAGCUGAGGCACUUCGAGGAGCUCGAGACCAUCAUGGAUCGAGAGAAAGAAGCCUUGGAGCUUCAGAGGCAGCAGCUGCUCACCGAGCGUCAGGCGUUCCACAUGGAGCAGCUCAAAUACGCCGAGAUGAAGGCGAGGCAGCAGAUGGAGCAGCAAGCUGCCGCAGCCGCCGCCGCCGCCGCUCAGGCUCAAGGACAGGGACAGGCUUCAGGCCCUGGACCCCACUCCGGGCCACCUCCUUCAGGCAUGCACCCUGGAGGGCCCCCGCCACACCACGGAGGACCUCCUCCUCACCAUGGAGCACCACCACCCCACCACGGAGGGCCCCCGCCCGGUGCCGCCAUGCACCCCGGCUACCCCCCGAUGGGUCACCACCCCAUGGCUCCUCACCAUCCAGGACAGACAGGACCAAUGGGACCAGGCCAGCCCAUGCCAGGCCGUAUGAUGCCCGGCCCGCCCUCCGCCGGCCCCCCUCCUGGCGGCAUGCCUCCCAUGAUGCCUCCACGUCACCCCGGAGCUCCCAACGGCAUGUACCCUGGCCCACCACCUGCACAGCCUGAAGCGAUACCUGCAGCUCCUGUUGGUCCUCCAGCGCCCACGAGUGGACGUGUGGCUGACAACUAAGACCUACACACACACACACACUCACACACUCAGAUACACACAAAAGCACACACACACACAAACAAACACAAACAAAUCUAACUCUGUCUCUGAACCUCAGCCCCCCUUUUUUGAUGGCCUUUGCAACUGGCUCGGUAUUUUUUUCCCCCCACAACACCCAAAACAACCAUAAAUUUCAUCUAAAGACACACAAACACACACUCAGGGUUCAGUGGCAAGGGUGACCCAAUUUCUCACACACACACACACACACACACACACACACACACACACAUCCAGACUUCCUCUCAGGGCACAGCGGCAAGGUUCGUCUAGUAAUAAACACUGUUUUCUGCUCUGUUGGGCCAGAUGGAGGCUGGAGAGAGAAUGACUCUGUGUACAGAAAACAAAACAAGGAGACAGAACAGAUGAAAAAGCUCCGUCUGUCUCACCUUUCUCUUCCCAAUGCUGUUUUAAAUGACACUGUAACCCCCCCCCCCCUCCCCUUCCCCUUCCCGUCUCUUAACACACAAAACCACACACACACACACACACAUCUUCCUGUCUGGUGCCUCUUUCCUCUAAGCCAAACACUAGGGGGAGCUAGUGAGACCAGAGAGCCUUCAGACAUGCAGGGGUGUGUUUGUGCGCUGAUCAGCCUGAGCUGUAACACACAAGACGAUGAAUCAGACAUUAAUAUGCUCACACACACACACACACACACACACACACACACACACACACACACACACACACACACACAUAGAGAGAGCACCCAGCCUGCCCUCACUCUUGUCUUGUCGAGUAUCUACCUCUCACUCCUCUUUAAAUGAUACACUGUAGUUCUGUGUGUGUGUGUGUGUGUGUGUGUGUGUGUGUGUGUGUGUGUUCAAGUCAGAGGGGUGUUUUGAUGGCGGUUCACUCGUCUGCUUUGCCUCCUUUGACCGGUCUGUGCCUCUCAUGUAACUGUCGCGUAAAAGUUUACAUUUGAAAUAUUUUAAAAGAGGCGGGUAAAAGGACAAAAAGCAACGUUUGACAGGUUUUUUUUAAGACUCUUCUGUCUUGUCAUGAUUACAAAAAAUCCACAGUGAAGAGCAACGCUACCUUACUCAUCUAGUUGCCGUGUGUGGGUCAAGCAGUAGAGACGGACCUUGUGAAACAGCUUAAAACUAACUCAUUGUACAUAGAAGCAAAUAUUCGUCACUACAAGAUGGAAGAGUUUGAAGACGACCUUUUAAAAUGCUAUAAAACCUGUAACAUCAUUCCCCAAUAUGACAAGAACUGUUUGUUUUUUUAUGACUGAAUCUAAAAUAUGAGGCUGGAUUUUUAUUUUCAACAAAUCGCAUGAAAAGACAAAACCCUCUGACUUUCUGACUACUCUGCUUUGACUGGCACUCUUAAAGGAGCUUUCGAAACACCUCACAAAUGUAUAAUUUCAUUUUUAAAAAAAAGGCUAAACAGUUGGCCUCUGUUGAGUUUAAGAAAUGUUACUCAACAGGAUUGAUUAGUGAAUUUGGACUAUUUUCUGCUGUGAAUUAAUACACGUCAGCCAGUGCAGCAGUGUUGCUCAUCGAUGUGUUUAUAAUAACUUUGGACAACAACAGAGAUCUACGACACAGAGGAGAAUCAAUACAUUGAUUCUAGUUGUUGACAAUAAGAAAAAAAAUAUGAAAUAUAACCAGACUUUUAAACUUGAAUGCACAAGAUGUGAGAGAUGUAAAAUCUUAGUACAUGACUGGCACAAACUGUUCAAGUUAAACUGUUGAGGAAGGACAGGAAGCUAAAACACCCGUCAUUCCUCCUCCUGCUCCCACCACCCACACCACUGUAACACACACACACACACACACACACACACACAGAAACGUAAGCUAAGCUGAGGCUCACACUGGAGGCUGCAUGCACACACCGACUUGGCCAGACCCUGCCACAAAGCACUGGACAACCACACACAUACACACACACACAUAUACACACACACACACAUACAUAUAAUCUCCUGCUGACCUUCACACAGCCUUUUACAGAGAGGGAGACGCUGUGAUGCGGCUCGACUGAAACAUCAGAACAUGAACGACGCUCUUCCUCAGCGCAGUGGGCUUCUAGAUGUUUUUUAGGUGCUGAUACUGUAGCCAAUAAACCCGCCUCCCCCACCUCCCCCCCCCCCUCCUCUCUUCUGCUCGGUUUCCUAACGCCUAGUGCUGCCUACCUCGCUAACCCCUUCCUACUCCACUUCAUAACCCGACCUCACACACACGCGCACACACACACACACACACCUUUGUGCAUUGCUUUUUAGCCACUAGCCAUGGUAACGGUUAGCAAUAUCCUCAUUCCUGUGUGUUAACACACCUGAGGAACCACCUCAACGUCCUCAAGUGUUAACAAACAAGGAGAAGCAAUCGUGAUUUCAGAGUUUAGUCAUCAGAUCAUUUUGUCCUGUGAUGUUGCAGUAAAUCUAAACAAGGGGAACAACCGCAAAUAUAGGGCUCCAAUGAACAUUUAUUUUUUUCCAUUAUGGUUAAAUCGAUUAGAUAAUUAAGUGUCAAAAUAUGGAAAAUCGCCCAGAAAAUUUAGAAGAGUCCAAGGUGACAUCUUCAGGUCGCUUAUUUCAUAUAAACAGCUGUUUAUUUAAAGAAAACAUUAACAGCAAAUACUGAGAUUUAAAGCUGGAACCUGCAAAUAUUUUUUUUGAUUGCUUAUCAAUUAUCCAGAUUUCCUGUUGAUUCAUCAUUAUUGAUCUCAGAAGAAAAAGCAGUUAGCAAAGCGAUCUCGCCACAAAGUCUCUAUUAGCAGCAGCUCCAGAGCUUUUGAUCAUAUCAUAAAGGGCUGCAACUAACAAUUAUUUUCAUUAUCAAAUAAUCUGCUGAUUAUUUUUUUUAUUUUAUUCAUUGUUUUGUCAAUAAAAUGUCAGUAAACAGGACAAACACACCUGCUAUAAUUUCCCAAAGUCAGUUGACAUCUUUGAAUGUCUUAUUUUGUCCGAACAGUCCAAAACCCAAAAGAUAUUCAGUUCACUAUCAUGUUUGACGAAGAAAACCAUUAAAUCUCUAUAUUUGAGAUUGAGCUGAAACCCUUCUUAAAAACUUACUAAAGUUGCUGGUUAAAUUUUCUGUUGAUCAACUAAUUGUUAGCUGUUGUAUCACAUGAUCUUCCUCAGCAGAUGAAGUUCACCCAGUUGUCAUGGAAAUUGUAGAAAUUGGGCGCUCUGAAAUCUUCUCAUCCAGUUUUGUCAGCUGCUUCUUCCAAGAUCAAGAAUGAAGUCGCAAUCUCGACUUUAAAAGUUAAAAAUCCUCUGAGGAAAAGAAACACCAGAACACCUACUAAAGUACUUUGUGACGAGAUUGUUUUGCCAACUAAUUGUUUUUAGCCUUUAAACAAAUCUAAAAUAAAGUCUAUAUUAUAUUUAUAGUUAAUUUCCCUUCAGCGUGACUUGCAUUCGCUUGAUACAUUUAGUUUAACAUGAAUGUUGGCUUCAAAUAUAGAAUUAUUCUAACAAAUAAAAGGGUUAGUAACCUUAAUAUACUAAAAUAUUUCGCGCUCGUCAUCCUUCAUCUCUCCACAGUCGACACACAGGUUAAUAAUAAGCUCAAAUAAGGUCUUUUUUAAUGUGAAGUCUUAACCCCAAACGACUCCCCCCUCCCCCCCCCCUUCGCUAGCACUGUUAGUAUCUCUGCUACCUCUUCCUCGUUCAUCUGCUAGCUACCUCUUCUAGAAAUCUUCCUCUUGCUAUCUGCUACCUCUCUGCGCACCCCUUCGCUACCUCUCGUCGCCAUUUCCUUUCGUUUCCUCUUUUUUUUUAAUCGUUUCUUUUCUUUCCCGCCCACACGACUGCUGCAUCACUGACUGUUGCCCUCUUCUCCCAGCCUGUUGGAAGAAGACAAAAACACACAUCUCGACUCACGCUCUCGUUCACCGCUCCCUCCUUUUCGAUCCAUUCGACAUCUUACCAGGCUUGUUAUGUAAUGUCACUUAAAUAUGACGGGAAUCCCCUUACAUAUAUUAUCUUUAAUCGAUACUUUUUUGUGUUAAUGGUAAUGUAUUUUUAAGGAGAAGUUUUGUGUAGAUGGAAGUUAUCUCUGUUCUUUGGAAGUUUGUAGCAUUUUGUUUUUCCUUUUUUUAUUUUGUAUGGGGUCUGUUGGUACUUGGACCUAGACACUGUCGAAUAAACUGUGUUUUGUAUGA